AUGUCAACCUUCCAAGUCCACUACUUCGCCAGCGCAUCCAGCUACACCGGCAAAAACACUGAGUCGCUGCCCGCCCCGCUGCCUCUCUCCAAGCUCUUCGACACGCUAGAAGCAAAUCUUGGCGAUGAGUACGUUGAUAUGGAGGCUGAUGGGAGUGGGAGUGGGAAUGAGGGGAUCAUGAUUCAGAAUGGGGAUGAGGUUGCGGUGAUUCCGCCGGUUAGCUCGGGGUGA